AUGGAGUGGGGUCCAUUGGAGCCGAUUUUAUCGCUAUUACUACCUGAAGAAGGCGUAAACGACGGCAUUGUGGAUCGUAAACAGACGGAUACUACACUAGCGCAUGCUCUGAGUGGAGAAGAGCUCACAGCAGCGGUGCGUUUGGCUUCAAUCGAUCAAUUAGACACGGCGCUCAGUCACGAGGUAUUAAAUGUCGAACGACUGCCUCUGAGUGUUUUAUUACUAUUGUCAGCUAAAGCCACCAAAUGGGAGCAUACAAACCACCAAGAAGAGUCGAUACAUGACCAAAUGAAGUUUUUACUACAACUUUCACAACUUUUAUACCAAAUUCCAGUGGCUUUAGCUGCGAAGGAAAUCAAGAGAGUCAGUGUUUUGGCCAAUCAGUACACGAAACUGGCUAUUGAUACGCAACAGAGUAUCAAGACCAUUUUUCCACUCCAGAGCUUCCUACGUCGUUUCCAUCAGCAAGGCCAUGCAAUUCUUACGCCAUUACAUGCUCACUUUUUUUAUUUAUGUCUUCAUGCUAAAUGUUACUCUGCAGCUAUGGAAAUUCUGGACGAAGCGUUGGUGGAAAUUCAAGCCCAGUCACAUGUGGUAACUUCGGUGGACUUUUUAGGCUAUGCGUACUAUGGAGGACUGCUCUAUCUAGGAGAAAAACGAUAUCAGGACGCACUUGAUUUCUUCCAACUUGCCAUUACAGCUCCUGCUGUGUCACUUAGUGCCUUUGUAAUUGAAGCAUACAAGAAACUAUUGCUCGUGACACUCAUUCUACAUGGUGAAGCAGUAGUGAUGCCCAAGUACACGCCAUUUGUAGUCACGAGAAACAUUGAAAACCACUGCACGGCGUAUGCUACUCUAGCCAACGCUUUUGUCGUUGAAAAGGACUUUGCGGCGGUACAAGCAGUCGUUACAAAGAACGAAGAGCUAUUUAUUCAGGACGGCAACUGGGGGCUUGUGAAGCAGGUCGUACAGGCAUUCAAACAGCGGAAGCUUCUUCAACUUACUCGCACAUACGCGACUAUUGAGCUUACGAAAAUUGCGACAGCUGCCGGAAUGUCCAACAGCGAUGCGGUGGCCGCUGAAAAGAUGCUGUUAACUCUUAUAUCCAAUGGUCAGAUGGAUGCUGUGAUUGAUAAGCAGAAAGCCAUGGUGCGUUUUGUGCACGAGAAUGAAGAUGGCGGCGCUUACCAAGACGAAGUGCAAAGUGAAGCUUCAAAAAGGCUGCAAGACGAGAUGAAGAAACUCGUAGUAGUUGCAUCGCAGCUACGCGUCAUGGAUACGGAACUCGUCACGAGCGCCAAGUUCCAAUCUCGCUUACAGAAAGACAAGGAUCGGCGCUCGAGGAUUCACAUGCACAAUCAGCAAAGUGAUGAGCGACUGACCGUUGAUGCUGCUAGCGGCAUGGAUACGCUGGAAUAA